CGAUUACCAAACUUCGCCACAUUUCUCCGAUUCUUCCUUCUGCUGUUCUGCUUCGUCGUCUUCUCCUCCUCCUCCUCCUCCUCCAAUUCCAUCGUCGAUAUUUUAUUGCUCAUCGAUUGAGCUCCCAUCGGCGUCUUCCCUCAUGAGAUGCGCUCGCCUCGCCGGAGGAAUUCCGUUCUCGGCCACAAAUCGCUCUCCAUGAAGCACCACCACCAGCCGCGCAGGAGUGGGAGGAACCCCUUCUUCGCCUUCCUCUUCACCGUCUUCCUCCUCCUCUUCUUCGUCUACAGCGACGAUAUCGUCGAUUCCGUCUCCGGAUUUUUCCUAGCCGGUCGCGGAGACUCGGCGCGGCACCAGGUUCUCGCCGCGAAGCCGAGGCACGAAAGCCAUGUCCCCGGCCGCAUCGACAGCCUUGAGGAGGAGCCCGAUGACGAGGAGGAGCAGGAGACGGUGAGCGAGGAAGAGAAGGAGACGGUGACAGUGGACGUGCCGCGAUCGGUCGAGCCGCCGCCUCGGUCGACGCCCCAGGUUCCCCGAGGGGGGAGGGGACAGAGCAAGGCGGAGGCGAAGCCCCAGAGAGCGGCGUUGAACGUGCCGGAGACCUGCGACCUGUUCGACGGCGAGUGGGUGUACGACGACGUGGCGUACCCGAUCUACAAGGAGCACGAGUGCGGGUUCAUGACCGAACAGGUCACGUGCAUGCGGAACGGCCGCCGCGACGACACCUACCAGAAGUGGCGGUGGCAGCCCCGUGCUUGCGACUUGCCGAGGUUUGAUGCGAAGGUGUUCAUGGAGAGGCUUCGGGGGAAGCGCCUCAUGUUCGUCGGGGACUCCUUGAACAGGAACCAGUGGGAGUCCAUGGUGUGCUUGGUCCAAUCCAUCAUCCCAUGGAACAAGAAGUCUCUCACAAAAAUCGGAUCGCUCAACGUAUUCAGAGCCGAGGAGUACAAUGCUUCGGUGGAGUUCUACUGGGCGCCAUUCCUGGUGGAAUCGAACGCUGAUGACCCAAGAAUUCACAGUAUCCCUGACCGAAUCAUCACCAACUCCAUAGAAAAGCAUGGAAAGCAGUGGAAGGGAGUGGAUUACUUGAUCUUUAACACCUACAUCUGGUGGAUGAACACGCCCAAAAUGAAAGUCCUGAGGAGAAAGUUUGGCCGAGGAUCAACGAACCACACGACCGUCGAGAGGACUACGGCUUACAGGAGAGUCCUCAAGAUAUGGGCAAAAUGGGUGCACAGGAAUUUGAAUCCCAAGAAGACAAUGGUUUUCUUCAUGAGCAUAUCCCCCAAUCACAUGAGGAGCUUGGACUGGGACAAUCCGGAGGGGAUCAAGUGCGCGCUGGAGACGCUGCCGGUGACGAACCUGUCGCACCCGCUGGAGAUCGGCACCGACUGGCGGCUGUUCGCGGUCGAGGAGAGCGUCCUCCGCUCCAUGCGCUUCCCCGUCUCCUUCAUCAAGAUCACCGCGCUGUCGGAGUUCCGCAAGGACGCCCACACCUCCGUCCACACCCUCCGCCAGGGGAAGCUGCUGACUCCGGAGCAGCAGGCCGACCCCGCCACCUUCGCCGACUGCCUCCACUGGUGCCUCCCCGGCCUCCCCGACACCUGGAACGAAUUCAUCUACGCCCGCAUCGCCUCACGACCAUGGCCAAAGCUGCAUGCGCUCACCUCAUGAUCAAUAAUUCUUGAUUGGUUUAACCUUCAUUUUUCCCCCUAUAUAUCUUUCACAUUUUUAUACGUAUAGUAACAUUGUUACUGAACAUAUAAGAUAUAACGUUUAUGUAGAGUUGAAUUAGCUCA